GAUCUCCAAGAUCGUUUUCUCUUUGACCCAUUGUACUGGAUUCAGAUACGAACCCAAGGUCAAAUCUUUAAAUAUAAGGAGCGGACACGAUCAAGGGACUAUACAGAUCGUACCAAACAUCUUUUAUUGAUUAGCUCAAGCUACAAAGCCCUAGCCAGAAUAUGGCCAACAUUCAUCACAUUGGUUUCACCGUCGCAAGAUAGAUGGAUGGUGGUACAUGCGACACUUGGCUGUGUUACCUUCCAGAAAACAUUUCAUCUGCAUAACGCCACUGCUCCUCUCGAGGAGCACACAAAACGGUUGGACCAAGGUUCUCCGUUAUCUGUGCUACAGUUGUGGGGGGCCUUUUUACUCGUCUGUGUCGCAUUGCUCGUAAUGAGUAUCAAGAGCGGUGAAAAAUCAGGUUACGACCGGUGAAC